CCGGCCAGUGGAGUGGCAGCCCCAGAACCCAGACCGCCAGGCUGUGAGGCGGCCUAGACGCUGAGAGUUCUCGGCCUGCCUGGGCUCACUGGCACACCUCAUUCAUUCCCUGCACCCCCUUCCUCUCAAGGAGCCCACAGGAUGGUGAGGUGGUUUCACCGAGACCUCAGUGGGCUGGAUGCAGAGACACUGCUCAAGGGCCGCGGGGUCCAUGGGAGCUUCUUGGCUCGGCCCAGUCGCAAGAACCAGGGGGACUUCUCCCUCUCCGUCAGGGUGGGGGAUCAGGUGACCCACAUUCGGAUCCAGAACUCGGGAGAUUUCUAUGACCUGUAUGGAGGGGAGAAGUUUGCGACACUGACAGAGCUGGUGGAGUACUACACACAGCAGCAGGGCGUCCUGCAGGACCGGGAUGGUACCAUCAUCCACCUCAAGUACCCGCUCAACUGCUCCGACCCCACCAGCGAGAGGUGGUACCAUGGUCAUAUGUCUGGGGGGCAGGCAGAGACGCUGCUGCAGGCCAAGGGCGAGCCCUGGACAUUUCUCGUGCGUGAGAGUCUCAGCCAGCCUGGAGACUUUGUGCUGUCUGUGCUCAGCGACCAGCCCAAGGCUGGGCCAGGCUCCCCGCUCAGAGUCACUCACAUCAAGGUCAUGUGUGAGGGUGGACGCUACACGGUGGGUGGCUCAGAGACCUUUGACAGCCUCACAGACCUGGUGGAGCAUUUCAAGAAGACAGGGAUUGAGGAAGCCUCAGGUGCCUUCGUCUACCUGCGGCAGCCAUACUAUGCCACUCGGGUGAAUGCGGCUGACAUUGAGAAUCGGGUGUUGGAACUCAACAAGAAGCAGGAGUCGGAGGACACAGCCAAGGCCGGCUUUUGGGAGGAGUUUGAGAGUCUGCAGAAGCAGGAGGUAAAGAACUUGCACCAGCGGCUGGAAGGCCAGAGGCCAGAGAACAAGAGCAAGAACCGUUACAAGAACAUUCUCCCAUUUGACCACACCCGAGUGAUCCUGCAGGGACGUGACAGCAACAUCCCUGGGUCCGACUACAUCAACGCCAACUACGUCAAGAACCAGCUGCUAAGCCCCGAUGAGAACGCUAAGACCUACAUCGCCAGCCAGGGCUGCCUGGAGGCCACAGUCAACGAUUUCUGGCAGAUGGUAUGGCAGGAGAACACCCGUGUCAUUGUUAUGACCACCCGAGAGGUGGAGAAAGGCCGGAACAAAUGUGUUCCCUAUUGGCCAGAGGUGGACACUCAGCGCGUCUAUGGACCAUACACAGUAACCAACUGUGGGGAACAUGACACAACUGAGUACAAACUCCGUACCUUGCAGGUCUCCCCGCUGGACAAUGGGGACCUGGUUCGGGAGAUCUGGCACUACCAGUACCUGAGCUGGCCUGACCAUGGCGUGCCCAGUGAGCCUGGGGGUGUUCUCAGCUUCCUGGAUCAGAUCAACCAGCGGCAGGAGAGUCUGCCUCAUGCAGGACCCAUCAUUGUGCACUGCAGCGCAGGCAUUGGCCGCACAGGCACCAUCAUCGUCAUCGACAUGCUCAUGGAAAGCAUCUCCACCAAGGGGUUGGACUGUGACAUUGACAUCCAGAAGACCAUCCAAAUGGUGCGUGCGCAGCGCUCGGGCAUGGUGCAGACCGAGGCGCAGUACAAGUUCAUCUAUGUGGCCAUCGCCCAGUUCAUUGAAACCACCAAGAAGAAGCUGGAGGUCAUUCAGUCCCAGAAGGGCCGGGAAUCAGAGUACGGGAACAUCACCUACCCCCUGGCUAUGAAGAACACCCAUGCCAAGGCUUCCCGCACAUCUUCCAAACACAAGGAGGAUGUGUACGAGAACUUGCACAGUAAGAACAAGAAGGAGGACAAGGUGAAGAAGCAGCGGUCUGCGGACAAGGAGAAAAGCAAGGGCUCCCUCAAGAGGAAAUGAGGCGGGCCUCAGGCCUGAUCCCUACUGAGGCCACAGCUGGAACUGAGGAGCCCGCCUCAUUCUAUUGUAAUUUAAAUGGCUAUGUCCCUACUUCCCUCUUCCUGACCCCGUAUAUAGCCCAGCAAGACCUGAGGCAGCACCGGGCCCUAGACUCCUGUAAAUAAAGCCCCUAGGAUCACUGUG